CUCAAGGCAGAGUGGCAAGUACGUGAGUGAGGCUCCAAGCUUUGUUGAUCUUUCCUUUACAGGCAUCAACUGAAAAACUUCAACCACCAUGAACUGGGGUUUCCUCCAGGGGUUGCUCAGUGGCGUAAACAAGUAUUCCACGGGAUUCGGGAGGAUCUGGCUGUCCGUGGUCUUCCUUUUCCGAGUGAUGGUCUAUGUGGUGGCAGCAGAGAGAGUGUGGGGCGAUGACCAAAAGGACUUUGAGUGUAACACCUUACAGCCUGGUUGCUCCAACGUCUGCUAUGACCAUUACUUCCCCGUCUCACACAUUCGGCUCUGGGCAUUACAGCUGAUCUUCGUCUCCACCCCAUCGCUGCUGGUGGUUAUGCAUGUGGCCUACAGGGAGGAGAGGGAGAAGAAGCACAAGAAGAAGUUUGGGGAAGAUUGCUCUGCGCUGUACGAAAACACAGGGAAGAAGAAAGGAGGGUUGUGGUGGACUUAUUUGUUCAGUCUUGUAUUUAAGGCUGGGUUCGAUAUCACUUUCUUGUACAUUCUUCACAUGAUGUAUGAGAAUUUCGACCUGCCUCGCCUGGUGAAGUGCACCAUGGAUCCUUGCCCCAACACCGUAGACUGCUUCAUCGCCAGACCCACUGAGAAAAGAAUCUUCACUUACUUCAUGGUCGUAACCUCCGCCCUGUGUGUGCUCAUCAACAUCUGUGAAUUGAUGUAUCUCGUCAGCAAGAGGGUCAUGGAAAGCUGCUGCUCCCCCUACUGCACACGGAGAAGCUCGAGGAACAUGAUUCCGAUGAAGAUGAAGUCACCCUCAUUCUCCUCCAACAAGAAAAGGCCGACUGCAAAUUACAAUGCAGAAAACAAGAUGUUCUUUGGAGACCAGAGCCCCAACCCGAACAUCAUCAUUCAUGGUCAAGACAUGAAAAGUCCGUCAGCAAACAAGUCCAAGUGUUGAUUUAUUUGGCUUAUAAAAGGUAAUUAGAACCCAAGUCAUUCAAGAGCUGCAGAGUUCAAUCAUUCCUUCCACACAAACUCCCCGACUUCAGC